GCCUUCGCCUCUUUUUGCAGCGCGACGUGCCCAACGACAUGGCCACGCGAUCCUUAUGGGGCGCUCGAACGAAGCUCGCUCUGUCGGCGACCGCGCUCAUCGGCGGCGGAGCGGCGGCGAACGUCGCCACCUCCGACGACCCCUCCAUGACUUUGAAGCUCUACGCAACCGUUCCCCCUCGCCUUAUUCGCGACGCCAUGACAGCCACUGCCAUCGCCUUCGAUUAUGAGUAUUCACUGUGGGGACUGCCUGAAGGAAGCAGUGAGAGGGAAAAAACUAAGCAUGAAGUUCACCUGAGGUCUGCACGUAAACUUCAAGAAUUAUGUUUCAGCAAUGGAGGCAUAUAUAUCAAGCUCGGUCAACACCUUGGACAGCUGGAAUACUUGGUACCCCAAGAGUAUGUACAGACAAUGAGGGAUUCCAUGUUGAACAAAUGUCCAGUUUCUUCAUACGAACAAGUGUGUGAGGUCGUCAAGAAAGAGCUUGGAGAUACGCCUGAUAAAAUUUUUGCUGAAUUUGAUCCUGUUCCAAUAGCAAGUGCUUCCCUUGCACAAGUCCAUGUUGCUCGCAAUCAUGAUGGCAAAAAAGUGGCUGUGAAGGUUCAGCACACUCACAUGACAGAUACUGCAGCUGCAGACUGUGCUACUGUGGAUUUUAUUGUGAACACCCUACACUGGAUUUUCCCUUCUUUUGAUUACAGGUGGUUGAUUGAUGAGAUGCGUGAAAGCUUACCAAAGGAACUAGAUUUCAUAAACGAGGCCCAGAACAGUGAGAAAUGCUUGGAAAACUUUCAGAAGCUUUCUCCUCAUAUUGCAGCUUAUGUAUAUGCACCAAAGGUGUAUUGGAAUCUAAGUACCUCAAAGUUGUUAACCAUGGAAUUUAUGGAUGGCGCAGAAGUAAAUGAUGUGAAGACCAUUAAAAGACUUGGAAUUCAACCUGAUGAAGUUGCAAGAUUAGUUAGUGAAACUUUUGCAGAAAUGAUGUUCAAACACGGGUUUGUGCAUUGUGACCCACAUGCUGCCAACUUGUUAGUCCGUCCUCUACCUUAUAGUGGAAAGAGCAUUCUAGGCAAGAAAAAACCACAGUUGAUACUUCUAGACCACGGUCUGUAUAAAGAGCUUGACUUUGAGACCAGAACUAACUAUGCUAAACUGUGGAAGGCUUUGAUUUUUGCUGAUGCCAAUGCAAUAAAAGAAAAUAGUGCAAAAUUAGGUGCUGGAGAGGAUUUGUAUGCAUUAUUUGCAGGGAUUCUUACUAUGAGGCCUUGGAAUAGGGUCAUUGACCCAGCUGUUGAUCAUUUGGUUAUACAGGGCAGCGAAAGUGACCGUUCAGAACUGCAGAUGUAUGCUUCUCAGUAUUUCUCUCAAAUCUCAGAGCUUUUGAGGAGGCUGCCACGCGUGAUUCUUUUAAUGCUGAAGACAAAUGAUUGUUUACGAUCAGUUAGCAAUGCUCUGUUGCAGGUACCUUCUCUUGAGACAUUCAUGAUCAUUGGAAGGGUUUCUUCUGAAGCAGUCAUUGAGGCAAAGCUAUCACAAAAGAGAUCCUUCCUGCAUUGGUUGAGUGCUUGGUUAGACAAAAUUCUGUUGGAAGCUCGACUUUUUACAAUGCAAGUAGCCUUGUGGCUUCUACAAGGCAGGAAAUCUUUGUCUUGGAGAAACUGAAAAAGUACUGCACAAACUCAAUUUCUAUAACUCACAAACUAAGGAAACUAUAAUUAUUUCUUUGUUCGUCACCCAAAAAUGGGCACACAUAUUCAUUGUCUCCAUAGAUCAAGCCUCUCCAUUACACAGGCUCUCCGAUCAUGGAUUGAUAGACGAUUUUUUCGAGGCAUCGGAAGGAAUAAAUGAAAUGUAUUGUAUCAUUUUUCUUUUAUACAUAAUUACUCUCAAUGUUCUCUGGAUCUGAUCAAUUUUAUAGAACCCCCAUCAAGGGAGAACUGUAUGGACACUGGGCAUCAGAGAUAUUAGUUAUGUGCUUAUACGCAGAGAGAACUUUUAGACUUUUGAACUGAUAUGAGUUAUAUCA